AUGGGUGAAUCACUGUUGAAGGAGGAUCCCCUUUCGAGGAUCCAGAGGGAGAUAUACGAGGUUACGGAGAGGGAGAGGGAAUUCAAAGAAGGCCAUUUUAGAAUCAAUAGGCUCAUGUCGGAGUCGACAAUCGAUGUAGCCCACCAGAACGGCUAUGUCAACGGUAACGGUAUCGACAGACCACAAAAGACAUUAAGCAGGGCCGUUUCGACGUCCCAUCUUUUAGGGCCUAUAGCCCCUUCACCCCCCACCACGCCGACGGUGUUGAGCACGAAUGGAUAUACGCGCAGAUUCACACCUCAGAAUGGAACGAAGGGUUUAAUGCAGAGGUUUAUCGCGAACAAGGGUAAGCUGCCGGUCACCUCGCCGGUGGGACCCACUUCGCCGACGCACCUCGUUUCGCCCGUCGCGUUCCCGACGACGCCCUCGGUUCCUAUAGCCACGGUCGUCGCAUCGGCCGUCAUCACUCGCACCCCCGAAGGCAAACCCGUCAGGAAAGGAUACGUCCCCGUAGAGGAGAAAAUACAAAAGGAACUACAGGAGAUGAAAGACAGAGAACACGAAUUGAAGAAGAUGAGGAAGAAACAGAAACCCUUCGAUCUCGAACUGAGCGACGACGAAGCCACUUCGGAAUCGGAGGACGAGGAGAUUCCUCCGCCGGGGAAACUGAAGGCGACUAAAUCGAUAGGUGAACUGUACGAAGCCUUGAACGACGACUUAAGGUCGCCCUCACCCAGGAAUAGUUCCGGCCACGAUUCCCUCGGGAGCCUGAAGCCCGCUAAGUCGUUGGCCGAGCUGUGCGAGCUCAGUCCGGGACAGGAGUUCCUCGCGCCAAGUUCCACCAGGCUGAUAGCUCAGUGGGAGUCCAUCAUUCAGCAGAAGCAAGAGGCGGGCGCCGCUUAG